CUCUGUGUGUGUUUUUUCACUAAAAAGACUGAACUGGGGCUGAAACUGAAACAGGGCAACACUCGUAAAAGGAGUGCAGUCUCUUGCUCUCCUUCAUUCUCACAGUUUCCUGUUCAAGGAGGCCAUUUUGUAACUCAGCCUGGAGAAGAGGCACCACAAAGUUUGGCAACUGUUUUUUGUUUUUUCUCUCCCACGGCUUGGGAGUUUCACAAUCAAGUUUGGACUUUCUCCCCCCUGCACAUCAACUUCUUAAAGACGAGAGAGCUGAAGGAGGGAAGAAGGCGGAUGAGUUUCUGAGUCUCUCACACACAUUGCUCAUGAUUGUCAUGCCAGGACAAUAACAGGAGUCUAAAGACUAGAAAGCACGAGAGAAGUGGCAGAAAAGGAAGUAAAAACAACACAACUUCCUGGAUAAGGACUUCUUCCUUGAGCCAGUUGUAGGGGGGUGGACACAGGACACAGAGGAACCAGGACUCUCUGCUCAGCGCGCGUGUGUGUGUGUGUGUGUGUCCAUGUGUCAGUGUGUGAACCCCUCUCUUCUCCACUGAGACACUUUGAAUGAGUGUGGGAGAACUGUGAGAACCUGUGGGGUUUUGUUUGUGAGUGUGUUUGUUAAGAGCUUCAGGCAGCUUACAAACAAAACUCUGAAUGGCUAACGCUAGCCCUUGUAUGUCUACAGGGGCUAUGGCCCAGGUCUUCUUUCCUCCUGGGGGCUCCUCACCACCAGGCUCAGCUGUGAUGCAGCAGGGGACCCCCAUAUCCAUGCCUUCUAUGCCUGCUCAGGGUGGGUUUCCUAUGAUGGACCUGAUACCAGGGCAGGGUCCCGGUGGGGCUGUGAUCCCCUCACUGCCUCCCACUCCGGCAGGGGUUUCCUUCAUCAUCCAGAUCGGCCUGACCAGAGAAUCUGUCCUGAUGCCCCAGAGUGCUGACCUGGCCUAUGUGAAACAAAUUGCCUGCUCCAUUGUUGACACCAAGUUCCCAGAGUGCGGCUUCUAUGGCAUUUAUGACAAGAUUUUGCUGUUCAAGCAUGACACAACCACCAACAACAUCCUGCAAUUGGUUAACGGUGCCAGUGACAUUCAGGAGGGAGAUCUUGUGGAGGUGGUGCUCUCUGCGGCCGCCACGUUUGAAGAUUUCCAGAUUCGGCCCCAUGCACUCAAUGUGCACUCAUACCGGGCCCCAGCCUUCUGUGAUCACUGUGGAGAGAUGCUGUUUGGAUUAGUAAGACAAGGGCUCAAGUGUGACGGAUGUGGACUAAACUACCACAAGCGCUGUGCAUUCAGCAUUCCAAACAACUGCAGUGGAGCUCGCAAACGGCGUCUGUCCACCACCUCCCUAAGCAGCACCCAGUCCCUGCGUCUCUCUACCACUGAUUCAGUGUACAGUUUGGGGACGGCCUCCACCUGCACAGAGGAUGCCAGCCUCAUCCGCUCACACACACAAAUGCCACGGACCCCUAGUGACGCCAGACGCUUCUACACAGGCAGACCAGUUCAUUUAGACAAGAUCCUGAUGAGCAAGGUUAAGGUGCCGCACACGUUCGCUGUCCACUCGUACACGCGACCAACGGUGUGUCAGUACUGCAAGAGGCUUCUACGAGGUCUGUUCAGGCAGGGCCUACAGUGCAAAGACUGCAAGUUUAACUGCCAUAAGCGCUGUGUGUACAAGGUUCCUAAUGACUGCCUCGGGGAGACCAUUGACAACAGAAGUAACUGCGACAUGUUGAGUCCCAGUGCUGACCCUGAGGUACCCAUGGACUACAGCAGUGAGUACGACGCCUCAGACAAGUCCUCAAUAGAUGACUCAGACGAGGCCUGCAGCAUCCCUGGGUCUUUUUCUCCUGACAACAAUCAGGACGGAGCCAGCGGAGACCAGAGUGUUUACAUCCCGUUAAUGAGGGUGGUGCAGUCGGUGAGACAGACAACCCGUCGAUCCAGUACUGCUAUCAAGGAAGGAUGGAUGGUUCACUACAGCAAUAAGGACACACUGAGAAAGAAGCACUAUUGGCGUCUGGACUGUAAGUGCAUCAUCCUUUUCCAGAACAACACCACCAACAAAUACUACAAGGAGAUCCCUCUGUCCGAAAUCCUGGAGGUGCGUCCUGCUGGCAACUUCACUCUCGUCCCCACAGGAACAAACCCUCACUGCUUUGAGAUUAUCACAGGCACUAUGUGCUACUUUGCAGGGGAGGACCCCAACACCCUCCCCACUUUGUCCCCCAGCAACCCCCAGACUCUCCCUCAGACCCCUCCCUCACCCAGUCAAGUAGCUCCCAACAGCGGCAUUGGGCGUGAGAUGGCCAAGGCAUGGGAGAGCGCCAUUCGCCAGGCACUCAUGCCAGUCAUCUUUCAGGAUGCACCACCAGCUGCGGGCAACACAACUCACAGACAAGCUUCUAUCAGCAUAUCUGUGUCCAACAGUCAAAUCCAAGAAAAUGUGGAUAUUGGUACAGUGUACCAGAUUUUUGCUGAUGAAGUGCUGGGAUCUGGGCAAUUUGGAGUAGUGUAUGGAGGAAAGCACAGGAAGUCGGGCAGGGAUGUAGCUGUCAAAGUCAUUGACAAGCUUCGCUUUCCCACCAAGCAGGAGAGCCAGCUGAGGAAUGAGGUGGCCAUACUGCAGAGUUUACGUCACCUGGGCAUUGUGAACCUGGAGUGUAUGUUUGAGACCCCGGAGAAAGUGUUUGUGGUGAUGGAGAAGCUGCAUGGUGACAUGCUGGAGAUGAUCCUGUCCAGUGAGAAAGGCAGAUUACCUGAGAGGCUCACUAAAUUCCUAAUCACGCAGAUCUUAGCAGCUCUGAGACAUCUACACUUUAAGAACAUCGUUCACUGUGAUCUGAAACCUGAGAAUGUGCUGCUUGCCUCUGCUGAUCCCUUCCCCCAGGUGAAGUUGUGUGACUUUGGUUUUGCACGUAUCAUCGGCGAGAAGUCUUUCCGACGCUCUGUUGUCGGCACUCCAGCCUACCUGGCUCCGGAGGUUCUACUGAACCAGGGCUACAACCGCUCGCUGGACAUGUGGUCGGUCGGCGUCAUAAUGUAUGUCAGCCUGAGUGGGACAUUCCCCUUUAAUGAGGAUGAAGAGAUCAAUGACCAGAUCCACAAUGCAGCCUUCAUGUACCCUCCAAACCCCUGGAAACAGAUCUCCAGUGAUGCAACUGACUUGAUCAACAACCUGCUGCAAGUUAAAAUGAGGAAACGCUACAGCGUCGAUAAGAGUCUCAGCCACGUAUACUUACAGGACUAUCAGACGUGGUUGGAUCUGAGGGAGCUGGAGACUAAACUCGGCGGGCGUUACAUCACCCACGAGAGUGAUGACAGCCGCUGGCAAAUGUUUGCCCGUGAACAUACCCUGCCUUACCCUGCUCACCUUGUGCCUCCUCCUCCUGCCCCCGCCUCUGACGACGAGGAGUGCGGGGAGGAUGCAGAUGUGCAAGGCCUCACAGAAAGAGUCAGUAUCCUCUGACGAGAGACAGACAGAGGACUCAAGCUUAUUUAGGAAGUUGGAUAGAAGUAGGGAGAGGGAGGGAUGAUUGGGAUAGUCAACCUAGAGUUUAAGAGAGACAAGUUGUAUGGUUUUAAUAAGAAUAGUGUCCAGCUGUCAAGACUUUCACAGCACAACAUUUGUUUGGUGGCACUCAAUUUUACAGCAAGAAAUCCGAUGUAUCUCCUCAGGCCAGAACUUCCUUUAUUAACCUCUGCUGUUAUUGGUCGUCUCUCAUCUUUUGAAUUGUUGGACAAUUUCCACGAUGAAGACUGCUCGACUCUAUUUCACAUCCUCUGUGCGGCUGACCUGGGCAGUUUUUACAUAUGAAAUUAGAGUCAAACUUUGAAUCGGAAGCUCUCACACAACUGAGGAGCAGCAUGUUCUUUUCCUCCAACUGCAAGAUGCUUAAAACUAAAUGAGGCAGGAAUUGCUGCUUCACAACAGGUGAUAAAGUAGUGUAGGUGUGUUUUUAUUGAGGUGUUUUUCUAAACAAAUAAUGGUGAAUAUUGAAAAUGAAACUGCCUCCCAUUAAAAGAGAAGUAACAUUUGGUUUUGGUGUCAUUUAAUUGGACUGGCUGGAAUUACAGUCUCUUUUAUGUGUUCAGUAAAGACCGGUUCAAUCUCUUUCCGGUGACAAAAGGCUUUCUUUGUGCUGGUAAUUACUAAUGUGCAGGCAUGAAGUCAAACCCAUUUACAUUCACAAAUGCAUCCCCAUAAUAGAAUGUCCUGUAGUGAAAACUGAAGGUAUUGAUCUGGGGAUGGCAAAUUCUCCGGUAAUUACCACAAGCUUUGAGCCACAAUAAGCUCUUAGAAAAAACAUGUGAUUGAACAUGUCGUUGUGGUUUUAAAUGAACCCAGCUUUGAGCUAGUCCAUUACCUAUGUUGCCCAUUCUCACCAAACAGUUGUGUAUUUAAAUGGUAAAUAAUACUUCCUCACAGUUGCGUGUACAUAAGAUUCAAAUACUGCCAUUGAAGGAUUUUUUUUUUUUACACAUGAGCAGGUAAACGGAUACUUUUUUUAAACAACACAGCUUUUUGUUUACUGUGGUUAAGAAGAGCAGACCUCUCCCUGUGCAUAGACAGACUGCUUGGAUUAUUAAACUAGAUUUUGGAGAGUUUAUUUAGUUUGAUUAUUGAAUGCCUGUCAUGUCAAUAUGUUGCAUGUCUAUGUGAAGUAGUAGAAUUAUCUAGAUAUAAUAGAAAACAUACUUUAGUUAUGAUGGUCUAGUAUACCCAUGUGUAACCUGAAGUUUAUGUAGUUGUCCAAUGUGCGUAGACUGUAUAACAUGUUUGAAAGAGAAUCCUAGCCUUGGUUACAGAUAAUGCAAACCUUGAACAAUAUCAUUUUUUUGUCUUGGAUGUUUUAUGUAUUCAUUCAUUUAGAAAUGGAUAUGUGAUUAUGAUUCACUAUUAACAUGUUUAAGAACGAAGGACCAUUACUGUCACUCAGGUUUAGGAACUCUUAUUAUGCAGAAAUAAAAUACAAUGCUAGUCUGACAGACUGUUAUUUUGUCACUUUCUGAAGAAGAACAGAUUAUAACAGAUAUAUCAAAUGGAAUUUCUGUUAAAAUCUACUGACAAUAGGGCCAAUGCAAAUUUUCAAGAAUGCUUGUAACAUGCACUAUGAACUUGAAAUAUAAUGGACUUAUGUUUGCAUUUGGGUAGACACAAAACUUCAAUCAUAUCUGUCAGAAGACAGAGAAUUGAUUUUUUUUUAAGGCAUAUUACACCUCACAGACUGAGUGGCACUCAAGGACCCUGUGGCUAUAGAGGCGGAGGGAGUGAAGUGUUUUCCAUUAUGUGAUGAGCGCAUUUCAGCCAGCUACUCUGGUGAAAGAACAACCUUCUUUCCUCCCACCCUACAGCCAUCAUCAUUGCCAAACAAUGCCAAAUGAAAUGCUCUUUCUCUCUGUCUGUCUCCUUGAAUUUUUCUCAAGUGUGGGCAGGUUUAUCACUUUCGCAUCAGCUAAACUUUCUGAAGCUUUGGGGGAUACCCUCCGUCUAGUAAGCAAAAGAGAUCCAAACCUCAGAGAGACUAUUACCUGGUGACGGCAAUUAAGUAUCUAUAUAGCUAAUUCUAGGAAAAGCAAGGCUCAUCUCGUUUGUCAGAAUAGGAAGAUAACUUGAGAAAUUUGAGUUUUCCUCCGAAUGUCUGGUCUGAGUGUUGAUCUUGAGAAAUGAUAAGGUGCACCUUAAAAUAAAGUGUAUCAAUGGUCUCAGCUGCCAUUGCAAUCCUUUUCCUGGAAGGCUUCAGUUGUAUUAUUAAAUUCCCACCAUAGAUAGCAGCAUAUUUGACACAUGUAAACAUAAAGAAUGACUACUCAUACAAGAAAGUGUUCCAUUUAACGAAUAAGAACGCUUACGUUCAAUCUGAGCUUGAAAAUUUGACUGAAUUGCCAUUUAGUUUAAUCAUUUAUUCUUUUUUUAAAUUGCUGAACACAUCUGAGGUGUGUGUGUGUUGAUUUAGAGCUCUA